GCACUAUUUUUUACUAAUACAGGUUUCCAAGUUCUGCCAUGAGUCAUGGAACUGGAAUGUUGACCUCAAGGCAUCACCGGGGAAACAGCAAUGCUGGUUCUAAGCAUCUUUCAGAGUUGAACAACAGUUGAAUCGCCUAAGCAAAAAGCUGCUGAGCACCUACUGUUGAGCGAAGAGAGUUAUACCAUCUUAAGUCUCAGGUCUUACAGAUAAUACGUCAAAUAAAGAUGUCAACAGAGAACACAACUGAGCCAAUUAAACACCUUGACAAGAGUCAGAGCCAGCCUUUCCUCCCUACGAUUCCUCAUGUUUCUGGAAGCAGAGUGCAUUCUCUUGAAGACCGGCUGUCUAACCAGGAGAGAACCACAGCUGUCCUCCUGGAUCAGGCCUUUCGGAUAAAAGAUGGCCUCGUUUCUUACCUUCACGGAAAUAAAGGCGUUCAGCAAGGGGAGACAGCAGCACGCCAGCUCCUGGAGAACCACAUACAGACGAUCACAAGCAUAGUUAGAAAGCUGAGCCACGACAUAGAGGUUCUGGAGAGGCAAAUAAAAUCAAGAGAUGAUGCAACAUCAGGAACUAACUUUGCUAUGCAGAGUCUAGACCAUAAACACUUGCAGGGAGUUGGAGAUCUACGUGGAAGAGUGGCUAGAUGUGAUGCCAGCAUUGCAAAACUCUCUGGAGAUAUAAAUAUCAUCAGGCAUGAGAUCUCAAAACAAGAGAAAGAAAUUCAUGCAAUCAAGUCUACUGUAGAAAAUUAUGCUAAUAAUUUGGAGCUGAAGGUAAUGCAGCUUUUAGGCAAGAUAGACACUUCAAACUCAGAGCAAAACUCAAAUUUGAAGGCAGUACAAGGAAAUCAACAUCAUGAAUUGCAGCUCCUGGAUCUCAAGAUAAAUGGUGUUUUAAAUGACUUUAAGGAUCAAAUCCAACACCAGCGGCAGUGGAUAGAAAAUGAGUUGAGGAGAUCUGAGCAAGAGCAGGCCUGCCUUAUAAAUCAGUGUAUUUAUUCAGUGAAAGAAAGACUGGACACAGUGGAAAAGAAAAUGGAUGAUGGCUAUUAUUUCCUUUGCAAAAGAAUAGAAAGCACUGAUAAAACAGAGCAAUUUAACGCAGAGCUGGACCAAGUGAAAAAUGACCAAAAUAAGCUCAAUGCAAGGAUUGCUAGGUUUGAAAAACUGAUGUGGCAUGAGCUGGAGGAAAUCCAAAGUGAAUACAGAUCAGGAUUUCAGUCAAUCCGUGACUCGCUCAAUGCACUUAAACAAAUACAGACAACAAAGCUUAAACUCGAAGAAGAAAAGUUCAAACAAGACAUGAAAAAGAUACGGCGGAAGAUAACUGAAAUUCAAGAAGACUGAUCCCACUUCUUAAAACAUUUGCAUUUAGUCCAUCUUGGGAAAGUGUGUAAGAGAUUGCAAAAAAUAAGCUCAAGAAUUCUACUAUAUCAAGCUUGUUUUCUUAUGUCUCCCUAGGAGAUUAGUAUUGUAUGUUAAUGUUGCAAUGUCUAUAAUGGAUUUAAGUCAAAUCAAUCUGAAUCAUAUUCCUACAUUAGAAUUUAUUUUAUGGAAAAAAAUAAAAUGUAAGGGCUGUCAGUAA